AAAGUUAAUCCAGUAUAUAUCAAAGCAAGUCCCAUUUCCAAACACCAGAUAUGAUCAAAGCUGGCCAUGGAUAAUCCAUUCAAUCCCGCUCCCGCUCAAAAUAAAAUUGCCAUACAGAGGACUCUCUCUUUCUCUCUCCUCUUUCUCGGUCUCUCUCUCUGUGUUCUCUGCUAUUGCAGAAUAGGAAAAAGGAAGUGGAUAUGGCCGUAACGAGCCUCGGCAUCUGUGCUCGCACUUCUUCGGCUUCUCUAAGCCUUCUGAGCUCACUGCCACGGUCACCACUUAGGGUUUCUUGCUAUUCUCCUCAGCUCUCUCCGUCUCCUAUCGACAAAACCUUGACACAGAUUCAGAAUUCUGGCGUCAUCGCUUGCCUUCGUGCCAAUAGUGCGGAGCAGGCAUUGAAAGCUGCUCGAGCUGCACUUAGCGGGGGCAUCUCAGUUCUGGAGAUUGUUAUGUCCACCCCUGGUGUAUUUGAGGUUGUUUUGGAACUGUAUAUUUUUAAUUUCUCCAAUUGGCUCCGACAGAGUGUUUAUGUGCUUUUAUUCUCAUUCGCACAGGUUCUACAGCAGUUAGUGCAGGAGAAUCCUAAUCCAGCCUUAGGAAUACAUACUUGGAUGGAGUUUUUGGAGUUCCUUCUGAACUCACCAAGUAUCCUGCAGGUUGGGACUGUCCUUAAUGUUGAGGAUGCCAAAAAUGCAAUAAAUUCUGGAGCCAAAUUUCUUAUGAGUCCUGCCACGGUGAAGGACAUUAUGGUGGAUGUCAAGUGUGCUGAAGUUCUGUACAUACCAGGUGUAAUGACCCCAACAGAAAUACUGUCUGCAUAUGAUACCGGCGCCAAAAUUGUCAAGGUUUAUCCUGUCUCUGCAUUAGGCGGUAGUCAGUACAUUUCAGCACUCAAGAGGCCUUUUCAUCACAUCUCGAUGGUUGCUUCUCAGGGCAUAACAAUAGAUUCAAUCAGAGAAUAUAUCUCCAGAGGAGCAACAGCAGUUGUUUUAUCAGAUGCCAUAUUUAAUAAAGAGGCAAUCAUUCAAAAUGAUUUCGAAGAAAUAUAUCAACUUGCAAAUUUUGCAGCUUUGCAGGGCAUCGAGGCUGUAGAACGGAAAAAGAAGUGUAUGCUAAACUAAUUAAUUCAGAAGUCCUCAGCAGUUUCCUCAGCUUGCCUAUACCAUGAUAAAGGCAUCAGAGCAACAUUUGGACGGUUCUGAUACAAACGCCUACUUAUACAAACUAGACUCUCGGGGAAAAAGAUGCAGAGUCCCAAUUUUUUUUAAAAUUUAAUAUAAGUUUCUUAAUCCUAAAUAGCUCUCUUUACCGAAUGGUUUUAUUUGUACACUUGUGCAAUUAUAAAUUUUUUUUUUCCGCUAUAGUUUGCCGACUGAGAUGCUAAAAACUUGGUAUGUUGUUUGGAGCUGUUGCAUUUUUACUGCUAGGCAAGCGAGACCCAGAUCAUAAUUUCCUUGCUAAGUUGAAUUUUGACAUAUUUUGCUGAUUUUUUUUUCAUAAUCAUCAUUAUUAUUACAAAUCAAGCCUUUAUUGUUCUCUUAUUUGCACUCCCCUUUCCCCCUACUUUGU